AUGUGGUGGCUCUGGUUGGCGUUAAUCCUGGUGGUUCUUUGGGGAUCCCACCGUUGGAUCCUGCAGCAACAUCGAUUUGCGCAACACUUACCGAACAUGCAGCCGUACUAUCCGCUGAUAGGAAAUGGGCAUCUGUUCAUUGGGAAGUCUCGUGCCAAGCUAUUCAAAGUGCUCGUCGAACCGUUCGCCAAGAACGAUGGGUGGUUCAAAAUUUGGCUCGGACCAAAGCUAGUGCUGUGUACGUCUCAUCCGGAUAUCAUGCACUCAGUGCUCACCCACCCGGACUGCCUGGAGAAACCCUUUUUCUACGAUUUUGUGAAGCUUGAGCAUGGCAUAUUUGCGGGCCACUAUCACCCUUGGAAAACGCAACGGAAAGCGCUGAAUCCGGCCUUCAAUACACGCAUCCUCAACAGCUUCAUACCCGUGUUUGUGGACUGCUCGAAGCUGAUGGUGCAGAGUAUGGAGCGUGAAGUGUGCAACGGUGGUAAAACGGUGUCCUUUUUCCCCUUCAUCAGCAAGUGUACGCUGGAGAUGGUGUGCGGGACGACGAUCGGAUGUGACGUGUUGGAGCAGCCGGGGAAGGAAACGUUCAUUGAGAAUGUUGAUCGCUGCUUCGAGUUGGUUGCCAAGCGUAUGUUAAGUAUGCAUCAUUACUUAGAUUCACUGUACGCAUUAACGAAGGACUGCGCAGAAGAGUCGGAGCGACGAUCUAUGUGUUAUCGCUUUUUUGAAUCGGUAAUCGAAAAAGCUAAAUCACGCGGGAGUUUGGAAGAUGACCGGAUUGACGAUGGGGAGGAAUUUAAAAUGCCACAAAUAUUUGCUGAUCAGCUGGUGUCGGUGAAGCACAAUGGAAAACCAUUCACAGAUAUCGAGGUUACUCAUAAUAUCUACUCGAUGAUUGCAGCGGGUAAUGACACAACAGCGUUGCAGGUGACACAUACGUGUCUAUUUUUGGCCAUGCAUCCAGAGAUUCAAGAAAAAGUCUACCGGGAAGUGAUGGAAGUCUAUCCCUCCGCUGAUCAGGACAUAACCUUGGAAAGUUUGAAAAACCUCACCUACAUGGAGCGGGUAAUCAAGGAAAGCCUUCGACUGGCUCCGUCCGGUCCAAACAUAGCGCGUCAGACGAUGAAGGACGUCGAACUGGCGGGGCUACAAAUUCCGAAGGAUAGUCUGAUAACGAUAAGUAUAUUUUCCAUGCACCGACGAACGGAUAUCUGGGGCUCCGAUGCGGGAGUGUUCGAUCCGGAUCGUUUCCUGCCGGAGCGCAGCGUUGGAAGGAAUGUGAAUGCGUUUAUGCCAUUCAGUGCUGGGUCACGGAACUGCAUAGGUGCCCGGUAUGCGAUGCUGGGUAUGAAGGUGAUGCUAGCGAGCAUAUUAAGAAGAUUACGAUUGCAGUCCGAUCUGAAGAUGGAAGAUUUGCAAUUUCGUUUUGAUCUUACGCUUAAACUAGAAUCGGAAUACCAUAUAUACGUCGAAAGGCGCCCUUUACCGAGCGAAGAUCAGCACGUUUAA